AUGCAAGAAUUAACAAAUAAUUAUUUUAAACAAAUUUUAAAUAAAGCCAAAAAUCCUUUAAAAAAUAAAGAAGGAUUUACUAAAAAUAAAAAGAAAAUUGAAGAAGAAUUGGUAGAAAUUAAAGAAGAAAAAGAAGAAAUUAAAGAAGAAAAUAAAGAAUUAAAUAAUAAUUUAAAAUUAUAUAAACAAAAAAAUAUUUUGUCAAAAAAUGAGAAUAAAAAUACAAUAGAAAUUAAAGAAAAGACAAAAACAGAAGAAAAUAAAAAUAAAGAAAGAUUAAAUAAAAUAUUUGAAGAUUUAAAGGAAAUUAAAGAAAUGAGUGAAGAUACUAAAAAAGGAAAGAAAAAAUUAAAGAUAAAUACUAGUAAAAAUGAUGAAAAUAUUAUUAAAAAUGAUGAACAAAUAGAAAGGAAUAGUACAAUUAUUCCUCUAAAUAAUAAUUAUUUAGUAAUCAAAAUUAUUCAGAUGUUCAAAUAUUUUCUAAAAAGAAGAAAUGUACAUAUAUUUUUAAUAUUUGAGUUUGCUACUUCCUCCCGUCAUUCUAUUCCCCUUUCCUAG